AUGCCACACCUUGCAAUCACGGAGAACCUCUGCGGCACGCUGCGCCCACUGGAACGGGAGCUACCCGCUCACGGCCAGGCGGGCGCGCCGUGCCCCCUUCGCAUCACGAGAACACUGCGGGCCCGUGCAACGCCAUCUGGACUGAAGGGCCCGGCCGGCGUACGCGUGUCUCGCUGCCCCGCCGCCGCCUGCUUCACGCUACUGCGCCAAUGCAAGGCCCCGCAGUGCAAGCAGCCGGAGUGUCACUGUGCUGCUGGGACCACUCUGGGCCCCGACGGACAGACCUGCCUGGAUGUGAAUGAGUGUGAGCGGGACAACGGGGGCUGCUCAGAGGUCUGUGUGAAUACCAAGGGCUCUCGACGCUGCGACUGUGGGCCAGGCCGCGUGCUGGACGUGGACGGCCGGAGCUGUAUCGAUAUUAAGGGGUGCCACACGGACAACGGGGGGUGCAGUCACAGCUGCUCUAGGGUGCAGGACUCCUUCCUCUGUCACUGUCCCCGAGGCCUCGAACUGGGGGAGGACCAGCGCACCUGCCAGGUGCCUGUGCAGUGCAGUCCCAGCUUCAUAGAGGUAUCGGUGCCCAAGGAGCUGGUGGGCGGUCUGGAACUCUUCCUGUCCAACGCCUCCUGCCGAGGCAUCUCCAACGGCACCCACGUCAACCUGAACUUCAGCCUGAAGACCUGCGGGACCAUGGUGGAGGUUGUCCAAGAUAAGAUCGUGGCGACCAACCUGGUGACCGGGCUGCCCAAAUCCAGCCCCGGCAGCAGCGGUGACAUCAUCGUGCGGACGAGCAAGCUGCUGCUGCCGGUGACGUGCGAGUUCCCGCGGCACUACGAGGUGUCGGACGGGUACCUGCCCAGCCUGCGCAGCGGGGCCCUGGAGCUGGCGGGCCACAGCGCGGGCGUCUUCCCCUUCAGCCUGGAGCUCUUCAAGAGCGCCGAGUUCUCCGAGCCCUACCGCGCCCCGCCGCAGCUCCGCCUCCGGGACUCGCUCUUCUUCGGCGUGGAGCCCGUGGAGCGGGUGGACGGGCUGGCCGCGCUGGUGGAGAGCUGCUUCGCCACGCCCAGCCCCAAAGCGGACGAGCCGCUCAAGUAUUACCUCAUUAAGGACGGAUGUAUUUCAGAUGAGACAGUGAGGCAGUACUCUGCUAAAGACCAGUUGUCCAAACACUACCAGGUGCCUGUCUUCAAGUUUGUGGGAAAAGACAACCGGGAGGUGUUCCUGCACUGCCGGGUGCUGGUGUGUGGGCAGGGGGAGGAGGACUCCCGCUGCUCUCAGGGCUGUCGGAGGCGCCUGCGUAGGGAGGUGUGGACCAGCGCUCACCUGGAGCAGCGGCUGCUGACCGGGGGCCCCAUCCAAAUCCUGCCUGAGGCAUGAGGAGACCAGCAGGCUCUCACUGACUCACAUACACACGCCACUCUAAUGUACAUUAUUUAUCACCACACACACACACAUUCUCUCUUUCUCUCUCUCACAUAUAUACACACACACUCUCUCUCUCUCUCUCUCUCUCUCACACACACCAAGCACCACUUUUUUUCUCUCUCUCUCC